AGUGGUCUCAGGACGGAAGGGGUAGAGUCCCCGCCUCCUGGUGCAGCAGCAGCAAAGAUAGAUGGGGAGCCACCUGUCAGAGGGCUGUGGGCGGAGGCCAGGGCCCACGAGGGCCGCGGGACCGAAGGGUGAGCGCACGCUCAGAGCAGACAGCUCGCAGGAGGUGAUGGUCUAAGACCCUGGGAGCUGACGGACAGUGGGAGGGACAGGUAGUCCCGGAGGCGAGGCAGAGCUGGGGGAGGUGGAGGAUUCUGGAGGUGACAGCAAGGAGAGUACGCAACUGCGAGGGACGUCUGAAGCUUCUUCAGGGACGCCAGGCAGGUUGGAGACACGAAGGGAAGGCAGCGCGGUGGCGCUGCGGUAGGGCCCCGGGACGGGGGUGGGGGGGGUGCCAUGUCUCGCGAGCGGCCCCCUCGCACCGACAUCCCCCGCAACCUGAGCUUCAUCGCCGCGCUGACAGAACGCGCCUACUACCGCAGCCAGCGGCCCAGCCUCGAGGAGGAGCCGGAGGAGGAGCCAGGCGAGGGCGGGACGCGCCUCGGGGCCCGAUCCCGCGCUCACGCUCCGAGUCGGGGGCGCCGGGCUCGCUCUGCGCCCGCCGGAGGCGGCGGGACCCGGCCACCCCGCAACCACAGCCCCGACACCCGCAAAAGAGUGCGUUUCGCCGACGCGCUAGGGCUGGAGCUGGCCGCCGUCCGCCGCUUCCGCCCGGGAGAGCUGCCCCGGGUGCCCCGCCACGUGCAGGUCCAGCUGCAGAGGGACGCCCUCCGCCACUUUGCGCCGUGCCAGCCCCGCGCCCGUGGCCUCCAGGAGGCGCGCGCAGUCCUGGAACCGGCCAGCGAGCCCAGCUUCGCCGCCCGCUUGCAGGCGCAGCGCAUCUGCCUGGAACGCGCCGAGGCGGGCCCGCUGGGCGUGGCCGGGAGCGCGCGCGUGCUGGACCUGGCCUACGAGAAGCGCGUGAGCGUGCGCUGGAGCGCCGACGGCUGGCGGAGCCAACGCGAAGCGCCCGCAGCCUACGCGGGCCCAGCCCCGCCUCCGCCGCGCGCCGACCGCUUCGCCUUCCGCCUGCCAGCGCCACCCAUUGGCGGCGCCCUGCUUUUCGCCUUGCGCUACCGCGUGACGGGCCACGAGUUCUGGGACAACAACGGCGGCCGUGACUAUGCUCUACAUGGGCCCGAGCACCCGGGCAGUGGCGGAGCUCCGGAACCCCAGGGCUGGAUCCACUUUAUCUGAGAUACCUGCGGCUGACAGCGGAAAAAACCAAAGGCACCCGGGGGCUGGGGGAGCCCGAAGAUUUGGCGGGGAGGAAUGGGAGAAACCGAGAUUGGCGGGGAGCUGCCCGAGAGUCAAGUGGGGGAGGGCGAGGAGGAUGGGAGAAACCAAAGGGGUAUGGGGAGUGGAUGGAAUCAAUGAAAAUGGGGGAAAUUGGAGUGGAUGUGAGUGGAAGGAACUCAAGGUAUGAGAGACAAAGGGUGCUGGAAGAGUAGUAAAAAAUCAAAAGAAUUGGGACGAUGGUGACGUUCUCUUCCGUGAACGGGCACUGGGAGAAAGUGAGUGGGUUCGCCAGGCCUAGGGGCAGUCAAAGGUUUGGGACUGAGGAGGUAUUUUGUGUGUACAAGGAGCCCACCGCAACUGAAGUCAUUUAGAUUGCUGGCUCAUCCUCUCUUACCAGCCUUUGCCACUGCAGGUCCCCCAGCCCUGCCUUUCCUAGCUUUAACUCAGCCAUAAUUGCCUUGCUUAAGUUUCAGAACUUGGCCAUCGCUCCUCAGUCCCUGGCAUUAUGACAGGAAUCCCUUGUCACCCUUGCCAGCCCCUGACUUAAGUCUCCACUGGCUGGGGAGUGACGGCAGGUAACAGUCAGAGCUCCUUCCUCCAGCCUCCAGGCAGCUCCGGGCAUUAAAGUGAAAGCAAAACCAACUCCAGGCCUGUCCUUGUAGCCAAAUAAUGUGGUGCCCAAGGGGUUGGUACACUCAGGGGCUUCCAGAAAAAUGCCAGCCUUACCUUUCUGGGUGCCUUCUAAUGACCUCUAAACACUUUAUGGACUGUAUUUGUCAAGAGACAGGUGAGCCACAGGAUUUUUUCUGCCACAGAAGAAAAGGAAGUCACUGACUAGCUGCAUAACUUUGGGCAAGUCACUUCACCUCUCUGGGCCCCAAUUUCCUCCUUGGGAAACUGGAUUUGGGUUAGGUGAUCUCUUAGGCCCCUUCCUGCUUUGACGUUUUACCAUCUGUGAGGGGCAGUGUGGAUAAGAAGCCACAUUCUCCAGCCUACAGUUGGAGUGCUGCAGUCUAGAACACACAGCGACCCAAGCGUCUGGUUGGGACUGAGGAUGGGUCCUCCAGGUUUCGACACCCAUUCCAGAGCCCAGGAAGCAUCCCAUAACCAGCCAGCAGCCUCAGGGUAUUCCAGGCCCUCUUUCAAACCACAGCACUUUCUGCCCCUUGCUUUUUCCUUUUGCCGCCCCCCACCCCCCAACUUCCAGCCUGGAUGCUAUGAAACAGCUUUGGGGAGGUGCCUCUCUGUUGGGGGAAGUGAUGCUUGGGAGCCCAGAGAUGAAAGGAAACGAUACUGGGGGCUUUCUUGAGGAUAAAGGAUCAUGGGUAUAAGAAAUGGAAAACAUUUCAAAUCAAGAAUCAGAGCAACUUGAAAACUGAGUGGUACCAGAAGAUGGCAGUCAGUUCCAUACUCUGAGCAAGUGAAAUGGGAAAGCUGGACUUUUCUACCCAUUCACUCAUGCCUUGUGUUUCUCCUCUGCUGGUUGCUUUUCCUUUUCUCUCACCCUCUGCCUAAACUUUGCUUUCCUCUCUCCUUGUCCCCCUCUCAUUGCUUUCAUUUUUCUUUUAGCUUACAGGCCAUUUACCUUCAUUUUCUCUAUUUCCAUCCACCUCCCCCUUCAUCCUUGUUGAUCUCUGCUAUUCCUUCUCCCUCCAGAAGGGGUGGAGACCCUACUUCCUUUUCUACAAGACCAUGGUUGAUCCACCUUCCUCCCUCAGACUCCUUUUUGACAGUCUUCUAGAAGGGAGAAGAGGGAAAAGCAGUUCCGGAUGCUGCAGAUGAACAAGGAGCUCCCAGUCUCCCAAACUGGCUUGGAGAAGGCAAAGCACUGAGGGUCCCAGGCUUCAUCUGCUCCUUCCAGGAGCUUGCUGCUGUGUCCUGUGCUAGUGUCCCAGCUCUGCACGAUCAGUGAGGAACAGCUGCACCUGCCUGCUGGAGAACUGGGGAACCCAUCUGGACUCCAGCCUUUCUGUACACUGGGAUUCUCUCCUGGCGCUAGCCAGUCCUCCACACCUGUUGGUCUGCUAUGCCUCUUCCCACUACCCCCACGAACAUUGAACAGGCCAAUUCCCUAAAGUUUUCACUAAGAGGGUCCCCAACUAGGACAAUUGCUGGAUGGUCUGUGCUUGGGCCCUCUCUGGGAGCCCUAGUGUCACUAAGCAGGUAAAUGCAAACAGGUUGGAGGCAGGCAACCAAGGAGAAUUCAUUGUUCCUGAGCUGCUUCUCUAAGAAGUACCACGGCUCACCCAUGCCCCCAUUCUCAGCUUUAUAAAGCCAAUACCUGAGUCUCCUGGUUCUAUCUAUACAGAGCUGCCCCAGGGCCUGGAGGUGAGCUGAUAGCCUCAUCUGACAUGGGAAACACUAGGAGUUUGGCAGAAUGUUUAGAGAUGUGUCAUGUGUCAGGCACUGUGGUAGGGACUUUCCUGUAAAGAGUAUUGACUGCCUGAACAGGAGCAAUUUAGGGUAUAACGUGUCAGCAGUAGACUGAGAAGUACCAUCAGAGAAACCAUCACCAUGGUCUGGGGCUUGGGUUCCAGAAACACUGCAGAGAGAACCAGCCCUCAAAUGUCUUCCAAUACAUUCCUCGUGUUCCUUUGUUUUCCUUUAUGAAUGUAGCUCAUCAUUUCUCUUCAUAAUAAGCUCUAACUCAUCUUUCCAGUCUAACUCCCACACUCCCUUGCUUCUAACUCCUGUGUUUCUGUGGAGCUCCUCUGGAUCCUUGCAAUUAGCAGGUCAUAGAAUCAAGAGACCUGAAAAGGCUUGUCUUUAGAGAUCAUCCUGUCCAGACUCCUCCACAGAUGAGGACACAGGUCCAGAGAUGAGAAAUGACUCCAGCAAGUUCAGAUAAUUUGUUAGUGCAUCUCGAGAUGGGGCUUAAACCCAGGCCCCCUGAUCACAUCCCAGUCCAGGCCACACACAUGGAGCAGGAGAGUAUUACACAGGCCUCUCUCCACGUAGUCAGACCCACGAUUUUUCAUGGCAGGGGGUUACAUCAGGCAUGUUUCAUUUUCUGCUUCUAGUUUCCAUUCCCUUCCCCGCCCAGGUGGAAAGAGAAACAGAAGGGACUGCUAUGUCCCCAGCCUUGGCACUUCUUUCGAUGAGAUUGCCGAAGAACAGUGAAGUUGCUAAAAAGACUGAAUAAUCUACCCAUGGAAUAGCUAACCUAGCAAGGAAAUGAAAGUUUGCUAUGUGAAUCCCCCAGAACCACUUCUCAUCAGGCCCUCCCAGAGCCUCCCCACCCCCCUCACAGUGCAGCCCUGUUCACCGGGCCCCAAACCCACUGGCAUGGUGCCUCACUUCAGCUUCUUCACACAGCUGCCCUCCCUUCUGGAUAAAAGACCUCAUAUUUUAAAUAAAAUUGAAAUAUGAAAAGAAAGCAUA